AGCUAGUUGAUUGAUUCCUCACAUUAAAAGUCAAAGUGACAUAUUCUGAAUUAGCAGAAGCACUAUAAAAGCUUUGAAUUGCUAGGUCACAGUUGCCUUAGUAAGAAGAGAAGAGGCAGCUUCAAUGGAUCUAGUUGUGGUCCUCGUGCUCUGUCUGUCCUCUUUGUUGCUCCUUUCACUCUGGAAACAGAGUUCUGGAAAUGGAAAGCUCCCACCUGGCCCCACACCUCUCCCAAUUAUUGGAAAUAUCCUACAGUUAGAUGUUAAGAACAUCAGAAAAUCUUUAAGCAAAUUAUCCAAAGUCUAUGGCCCUGUGUUCACUGUGUAUUUUGGCAUGAGGCCAAUAGUGGUGUUGCAUGGAUAUGAAGCAGUAAAGGAAGCCCUGAAUGAUCAUGCAGAAGAGUUUUCUGGAAGAGGUUUUUUCCCCUUGGCUGACAGAGCUAAUAAGGGAUUCGGAGUCGUCUUCAGCAAUGGGAAACUGUGGAAGGAGACUCGGCGCUUUUCUCUCAUGACUCUGCGGAAUUUCGGUAUGGGGAAGAAGAGCAUUGAGGAGCGUGUUCAAGAGGAAGCCCAACGCCUUGUGAAAGAGUUGAGAAAAACCCAGGCCUCACCCUGUGAUCCAACUUUUAUCCUGUGCUGUGCUCCCUGCAAUGUGAUCUGCUCCAUUAUUUUCCAGAAUGGUUUUGAUUAUAAAGAUAAGGCUUUUCUUGAACUGCUGGAAAUGUUGAAUGAAAAUGUCAAAAUUCUGAGCUCCCCGUGGACACAGAUCUGCUCUAAUUUCCCUGUGCUCAUAGAUUAUUCCCCAGGGAGUCAUACAAAAUUACUUAAAAAUAUUUCUUAUAUAAGAAAUUACAUUUUGGAGAGAGUAAAAGAACACCAAGUGUCCCUGGAUAUUAACAAUCCUCGGGACUUCAUCGAUUGUUUCCUGAUCAAAAUGGAACAGGAAAAGAACAAACCACAGUCUGAAUUUACUCUUGAAAACUUGUUAGUCACUGUGUCUGAUGUGUUUGGAGCUGGGACAGAGACAACAAGCACCACACUAAGAUAUGCCCUCCUGCUCCUGCUAAAGCACCCAGAGGUUACAGCUAAAGUCCAGGAAGAGAUCCACCAUGUGAUCGGCAGACACCGGAGCCCCUGCAGGCAGGACAGGAGUCACAUGCCCUACACGGAUGCCAUGAUACAUGAGGUCCAGCGAUUCAUUGACCUCAUUCCCACCAGCCUGCCCCAUGCAGUGACCUGUGACAUUAAAUUCAGAAACUACUUCAUUCCCAAGGGCACAACCGUAAUAACAUCUCUGACAUCUGUACUGCACGAUGACAAAGAAUUCCCUAAACCAGAAGUCUUUGACCCUGGUCACUUCCUGGAUGAGAGUGGCAACUUUAAGAAAAGUGACUACUUUGUGCCUUUCUCGACAGGAAAACGCAUUUGUGUUGGAGAAGGCCUGGCCCGCCUGGAGCUGUUCUUAUUCCUGACCACCAUUUUACAGAACUUUAACCUGAAAUCUGUGGUUGACCUGAACGACCUCGACUGCACCCCAGUUGCCAAUGGGUUUGCUUCUUUGCCCCCUCCGUACAAGCUCUGCUUCGUUCCUGUGUGAGGAAAGCCAGAGCAACAGCUGCUGCUGGGCUGUCCUCCACACGUCCCCACCUCUGAGCAUUGUCCACCCCUUCCCACUGUCAGGAAUGUCUUCUCUGACCCCUCCUCUCAUCCCCCAUUGCCUCACAGUGAGCGCCCAGCCUCCACUAAGGAGUCUCCUGAGUUUUCACAAAUGCAUACUUCCUAUUCUUCAUACUCCGUAAUACUUGUUAAAUUGGCCGCCAAGUAUUUUAACACUUC